AUGAGAGCCGCGCGCAAUAUUUACAAGAAUGAUGUCGAUUUCACGGCGCUUUCGUUGCAGUCACCGGAGUUUGCUAAAUAUGUGAAACCAAAUGGACAAUUGGAUUUUACCGACCCGGAUGCAGUGCGGCAGUUGACCAAGAGUCUAUUGAAACAAGACUUCGAUCUGGAAGUCGACAUUCCCGAGAACAGAUUGUGUCCGCCAGUGCCUAACAGAUUGAAUUAUAUCCUGUGGCUGCAAGACUUGUUAGAUACCACCGGAGACGAGUAUCGUGAUGACUAUGACCCUGACCGCGACGUUACAGGGCUUGACAUAGGAACAGGAUGCUGUAGUAUCUAUCCACUUCUUGGAUGCGCCUUGAGGCCAAGUUGGAAAUUUAUGGCUACAGAUAUCGAUGAUGGAAACAUCCAAACUGCCACAAGAACGGUAUCUGCAAACGGACUCGAAUCGCGGAUUCAAAUAACCAAAACAGACUCCAACAGCGAACUCAUCCCGUUUAAGCAAUCGGGAGUUGUACGCCUUGAUUUUACCAUGUGCAACCCUCCAUUUUACGCAUCGCGCGAUGAAUUGAUUGCUUCUGCAGAGGCGAAAGAGAGACCACCGUUUUCAGCAUGCACAGGAGCAGAAGUCGAGAUGGUCACCUCCGGAGGUGAGCUUGAUUUCGUCACGCGAAUGAUCGAAGAAAGCAUCCAGCUUCGCGAGAAAGUCUUAUGGUACACCACCAUGCUCGGGAAAUUAAGUAGUGUCUCUCUGGUCGCCGAGAAAUUAAUCAGCCACAACAACCAUAACUACGCCGUCACAGAAUUCAUCCAAGGCUCAAAGACUCGACGGUGGGCAGUUGCAUGGUCAUGGACCGAUCUACGUCCGGCAAUGAAUGUCGCCCGCGGCAUAACCAGCUUUCCCAAACACCUCCUCCCCUUCCCCUCCGAAUCCACACUCGUACUAUCCAACACCUCAAUCGACGACCUCUGCUCCAAACUAGACACAGAACUCACCGCCCUUCCGAUCCAAUGGCACUGGCGCCAGAACCUUAGCACGGGUAUCGGCUUCGCAAAAGAGAAUGUCUGGUCUCGACAGGCGCGGAGGAAGAUGCAGAACCCCGAGGCUGCGGAGAAACAUAGGAUGGAGAUUGACGAGGGUCAUGCAGCGCUGGGGUUUAAGGUGCAGUUGAAGUUAGAUGGGAUUUCGGAGACGAGGACAAAGGUUGUGGUGCGGUGGUUGAGGGGGACGGAUUCCGUUCUAUUUGAGAGUUUCGUUGGAAUGUUGAAGAGAAAGCUUGAGGGGAGGUAA